AGAAGCUCGGGCCACCAAGCCUUGUGUCGCCGCGCUGCAGGCAACCCAAGCUGCAUCAUCCGCUGCUCUGCCUCUCCUUCGCCGUGUUCUCAUCCUCCACUUCUCCUUCACCCUCCUCAUCUCCCAAACUCCACCGUCACAAUGCCCGGCUUCGACUUUAGCAACCAUAACCGGAAUCUCGCCCUCCACGCCCAAGGCGUUCCCCUACCCAAAGCCACCUCCACCGGUACCACCAUCGUUGGCUGCCUCUUCGAUGGCGGUGUGGUCAUUGCCGCAGACACACGAGCGACGAGUGGGCCCAUAGUAGCGGACAAGAACUGCGAGAAACUGCACUACAUCGCGCCUCAAAUCUGGUGUGCCGGCGCUGGCACAGCCGCAGACACCGAAUUCACCACCGCCCUCAUCUCCUCCAACCUCGAACUCCACGCGCUGUCGACGGGCCGGAAACCGCGUGUCGUCACGGUCAUGACCAUGCUCAAACAACACCUCUUCCGCUACCAAGGCCACAUUGGCGCGUAUCUGGUAGUAGCAGGCGUGGAUCCCACCGGCAGCCAGCUCUUCACCGUCCACGCACACGGAAGCACCGACAAGCUGCCGUACGUGACGAUGGGGUCUGGCAGUCUGGCGGCGAUGAGCGUGUUUGAGACGCAGUGGAAGGGCGAGCUCACGCGGGAGGAGGCGGUGAAGAUUUGCUCGGAUGCCAUUCAGGCUGGUAUCUGGAACGAUUUGGGCUCAGGAAGCAACGUGGACGUGUGUGUGAUUACGGCGGAGAAGACGGAGCUGUUGCGGAAUUACAUCACACCCAACGUGCGGGAGCAGAAGAUGAGGGAUUACAAGUUCGCCAAGGGCACGACUGCGGUGCUGAAUGAGAAGAUCAUCACCAAGGAGGAGAUUAGCAAGUACGUGACUGUUCAGGAUAUUGGGGAUGGCGAGGCGGGAGUGGGCGAGAAGAUGGAGGUGGAUACGUGAGCGCAUGCUUGUGGUGAUGAAGGGGAUCGGCGUUUGGCGUGGCCAUGGUGUAUCAGCAGGAGGCUGCUGCUCCAUUUCCAUAAGGUAUGCAUAGCAACGUGUACUCUUAGUGAUUCUUAGCACUGCUGUCAACUCACGUGCGGCGGAGCGGCUGGCCAAGAGAACGAGGUCAUUGCCCUGAUAUCGACUGUAGAUCCGCGGAGGAUGGCCACAGCAUUGCGGAGGUUUAUCUGCAGCCACCAGUAAUGUAAAUGAGGUCUGCUUGAUGCUGUUUAGACGGUGUUAUGACGCCGAGAGCAUCAUAGAGACGGAGAAGGG